AUGUUCAAUUCUCCAAAAACCUGGCACGAGGCUCAGAGCUUCUGCAGAGAGAAAUGUUUGGACCUGACCACCAUCAACAACAUGACAGAGAUGGAUGCAGUUCUUAAAGCUGUCGAGGGCAAGUUCGAUGACACUUUGUGGUUCGGGAUUUGGCAAGGGCCGAGACGCCAGAUACACUGGUCUAUUCCAGACAGAAAUUUGGAUGACUCGAGCCCAAGCUUCUCUCCGAGUUGGGACAUGGCUUCUCACGGCGGCUGUGUUUAUUACGGCGGUGAGAUGUUCCAGACAUCUUCCUGUGACCGAAUCCUUGAGUUUGUUUGCUUUGAUGAAACGAAACAUGGUGCCGACCAGUACAUUCUCAGUGGAACUAUGAAUUGGACUGAUGCUCAGGAAUACUGCAGAACCACCUACACAGACCUGACCAGCAUACGGUAUCAAGCAGACUUUGACAUCAUUUCUGCAAAAAUCGGUGACAGGCUGAUAUGGGUUGGCGCCUUCGCUGACUCAUGGAAGUGGUCAGAGGGGCGCGACUCCUCAUUCAGACACUGGCCACCAAGCAAGAAGUUUUGGGAGUUGAAUGAAGAAUGCGGUGUCUUGACGAAGAACAAUGAUAGAUGGGGAAGCCUGCCUUGUUCAGAAAAACGCCCGUUCCUCUGCACCUGCAAGGACCCAGCAAGCAACCUGAGGGUCAUUAAAGUGAGGAUCAACCUCCAGGACACAUCGUUGGAUCCAAAUGACCCUUCAGUACAAGACAAAAUCUUGGAGCAAAUGAUGCAGAAGCUGAACAAGUCCGGAGUCGGUGAUGUGAAGCUGCAGUGGAAGAAGCAGCCCGACGGGAAGGUUUUCAUCUCAGCGGCUCCCUGAAUGCAGCUGAGUGCUUUCAUUCUGCUAACUUGUGUUUCCACGACCCAGGACG